AUGGCUUCCACCGGGAAUCAAAAUCCGCCGCCGCAGCAGCAACCGCCGCCCUCGGCCGCUGCUGCGUCGUUUCUCGCCGCUUCCACUUCCUCGUCCCCCAAGUCGAAAACGUUGUCGUCCGUGUCGACUGCUCCGCCUCCUCGUCUUCCUCCUCCGACAAGUCUCGGACCCCCUAGAUCGGAGUCUAGCGUCCUAAAAAAAUGGGCGAUUUUUCAAAAUUUUUCCGAUUGGAAAAAAUGGGCGCUUUUUGUUUUGUAUAACCCUAGGCUAGGUGUCCUCAUUCUUCCCUUCAAGGACCACUCCAGUUCAAAUCCUCCCUUAGACCUCUCUUCUCCUUGCGCCUCCUUCACUCACAGUCAGUCACCACCACUCACCACUCCACUCUCGCAACCCCACAGCCGCAGCCUCGCAGCCUUUGGAGCCCCAACUGUAGUCUGCAGCACACCUCAACGGCUCAACGCUUUCGCCCUCAAGCACUCGCUCGCUUCACCGUCGACAGCCGUCACGGCUCACAGUGAUUCCGAGAUAUCACAGUUGAUCACUCAUCGUCGGGGUGUGAUCAAUGCGUCUCUAGCAUUUUCAGCACCUACUGUUUCAGCCAUGAGUGCUCCAUUGAUUGGGGAGCCUACACCCCUUACUAAGGCUACUCCUGAGGCAUCCCAAGUGCUUGCAUCAUUGACGUCAUCAGUGUCGGUUUAGUAUCUCAGUGCUGCCCAGGAAGCAGCCGGGGAUGCUCGGGAAGCCUAGAUUGCAGCCUAGUUUUCGGCCUACGACGAGAAGAUGAGCAUGAUCUUACGAGCCUUACAGAUGUUCGGCCUCCAAAUCCCGAUGCCAGCACUUGAUCUUGCUCCACCUUCGACCUCCCAGCCACUUUGCCCAACCUAUACCUAGUAGCCUGAUGUAUCAAACCUAGAAGACCACUUGUUGUAGUUUUUUCUUUUUUGUUCGGACAUCUUGUAUGUACAUUUUCAUAUAUUUUAUAAUUAAAUACCUUUUCUUGGUUUA